AUAUCUGGGAAGAGGAAAGAACAUAAAAUUAAAAUGCAUGAACAAAGUGCUUAUGCUGAAUUCAAAGGAUUCAUUCGAGAUCCUUGAUAUUUUUUUUUAAUAUCAAAGAAUGUCAGGGGCAGCAAACCCGGAGUCGGAGGGAGUUGUCUCCAAGGUAAAAGUCAAAAAACAGAUCAAGACAAUCGUGCAGGAUUUAGAAAACGUCUUGGGAGAUUUGAAAGAUGUGGCAAAAGAGCUGAAAGAGGUGGUGGAUGAGAUAGACACUUUGACAAGCAGCCUGCGUCUGGAGGAGGAGAUGACGGACAGCUCCAAAACAGACACGCUCAACAGCAGCUCCAGCAGCACCACGACGACCACGACUGCCUCCAGCAUGGAGAAGAUCAAGCCCCACCCAGACGAGUGCCUGUGCCACCCUCCGCCGCCUCCAUCGCUAAACCCAGGUGUCCUCACCGUCCUGAGGAAGCCCCACCCCCCACCCCCGCCCCCUCGCCUCACCCCCCUCCGCCCGGACGAGCACACACACACCCUCACCCGCAGCCGCAGUCCCGGACGAAAGCCCAACGGCACUUUGAUGCGGAACGGCGUGUUUCCUGGGAAACCAACGGCACUCCACAACCUCGACUCCUGCUGCCCACCCAGACCGAUUCCUGUGGACAACAGCAAAGCGCUGGUACCUGUUGUACCCCCACCUGUCCCCAUGCUGCUGUCAAGGCACGACAAGAGUCGGUGUCUGCAGUCGUCGGCGGUGGCUUCCAAUGCCGUGGUUGCCACGGCAGCCACAACCCGUGAGCGGGUGCGCUUCAGUGAGACUGUGCAGUACCAUGGCUAUUGCCCAGACUGUGACCUGCAGUACGAAUUAGAUCACACGGACCUCCACCUGCACGAUGAGCUUGUUGAGGAGCAGGUCAGCCCCACGCACCGCUGCUGCUCGUCCCCCUCGUCCCCCCCUCUCCCUCUGGAGAACGGUGGCCUGACCACCAGCCACAGCUUCCCCCCGUCUGGCCCCAUGCCACCGCCCUGCACACCCCACUCCUCCACCCUCAAACCGGCCAAGACCAUCCUACGCAAGUCCACCACCACCACCGUUUGACCUCUACCCUGCUUCCAUUUAGUAUGAAUUGAAAUCUAUAUAGUUCUAAACAUACAUCUAUUUUUCUUUUAUGAAAUAGCUGUCUAUUUUUACAAGUACUGUCUAGAAAUGGGAUGAAGGAAUUAAUUAUCAGAUGAUCAAAAGUGAACUUGGAGACGCAUCUCACACGGGGCAUGCAGUUCAUCUGGAUGUGUUUGGUUAUCUGCUCCUGUGCGGAGCACUGGGGACGCCGACCAGGACGGCGAGGUGCCACCGGACUGUCCAGCCCUGGGGAACCUUCCAGUAACCACCACCACGCUGUCUCACUCAUCACAGCCAGAGAUGCAGCAGAAGCAUCCCUCACGUGUGCAACACACCACACAUUCGGGGGAGGAAUGCUUUCGCAUAUGGCUAAGCCGAGUGAUUCACUUCCAAAGAAGCGGCAAGUUCUCCCAGAGGAAUUGAACGUGACCUGCAUGGUGGGAAAUCUUCCACAGAAGAUGUCAACAAAAUUGUCUUAAGGAAAUAAUAAUGAAACAUGAAUCAUGACCUUUGGUGAAGUGGCACAGCAUUGGUGGUUGAGGCUGUGCAGUGCGAUGUGUGUGUGUUUCUGGCCUCUUUCCUGAUGUGUUCACAUAGAUCUGCUCAGAAGGAGAGCCACAUAAAAGCUGUGGUGUAAAAUCUGGAGAUUUCUCUCUGUAGCGUAGCACUGGUCACUUGCAGUGGCCAUCAUAGUGGGUUGGUUUUCCCUAAUGCCACUAGAGGGCGUGAGGGAUGUGAUAGGAAGUGACGGGUUCUAUACAAACACGCCGAGAUGCCCAGGAUGGAGAGGACAAUCCUUCUCAGCAAUUUCAAAAGCAGCAGGGUUUGACUAAAAACAGAGAGAGGGGAAAGAUGU